UACAUUCCUGGGAUUGAGCGCGGGCCCUUACCAGCAUGUGCAGAGGGGUACAGACUCAAGCAGAACGAAAAAUACAUGCUUGCGAAAAAAAGAUUAGAUGAAUGGGCCCCACAGAUUGAUGAGAUUUUGUCUGAUGCAAAAAAUGAAAUCAGACAAAGAUUUGGAGAAAAACUUUACCAGAAGAAAGGACGCCAAGGAAGUGACUUUAAAAAAAAGUUACCACCGGAUGGUUUUCGAGCAAUUGUGAGAUGGGGACAUAAUGGGAUUCCAACCGGACAAUGGGCUAAUAACUUCAGCUCAUACCUUGGAUGUUUGAUACGGAGGAGUGAUAAUGUGAAUCCCUAUUACGAGGCUUGGGAGCAGCCAUUUCAUGUCCUGGAGAGUAUAUAUCGAGAUUGUUGGAGAUAUUUCAACAUCGAAGACAAUCCCGUAGGGUGGGAAUUUUUAUUUGGAUACCAGGGAAAGUUCAAGCAUUCUCUUCGGGAGUGGAGACAUGAGAUAAAGAAGAAAUGCUUUGAUUGUUUCACUCACAACUGGGAGAGGAUAUACAAGCGAGAUAAGAGGGUUGAGCCUGAGCACUUAGCUGCACUUAUAAUAUUGUGGGGCCAAGAGGAGCACCAGGAAGCUCUGGAAAACACGUAUUCUGAGGUUGUUGCACAGAGCCAAGAGCCCCUGACUAGAGAGCAGAAUUAUAAUGUGAGCCAUCUAGUUUGUAGACUUCCUAAAAAAGGGAGGACCAGGUGGAUGGGAGUUGGAGCUCAGAGGGUGUUUACACAGUUCCAGCCUCCGCCGAUUUCCACACCCUCGACUAUGCCAUCGGGGCCCUCUUACAUGCCGCAGGAGGAUUGCACUCAGCAGGCGAUGCAGCUUGUUUCCUCUGUGAUGAGUAUGUUAGAUGGUCAGAUUCCCGAGGAGAUGUGGGAGGAUAUUCAAGAGGAGCUUAUGCGAGUGAUCCAGCCUACUGCUACUUUUGCGAUGGUUUCUAGGCAAAUAAUGAAAUCUUGUAGAAGGCGGGUUCCUACUCGGGUGCAAAGCCAGAUUAUGAACUUCUUGGCCACUCAAAAGGCAUUUACUGGUAGUGGAGAGAGUAGCAGACAUGUAUACUUAUUAUAUAUGUAAAACAUGAUUACACACAAUAUUAUGUGAUUCUAAAUUUAAAUUAUUUUGUUGUUAGAUUGGAGAUGAUACUAUUGGGAGCACGAG